GUUGGUUGCGACCCGCCAUCAAAGGAGAGAAGUUCGACUUUCCAGCCGGUGUAAUUUAGGGUAACACAGCCGCGGCGCAUGUGUUUUUGGUACCGUUACCGAGAUGCCGAAGAAAAUCAAAAGAGUGAAUAUAGCUGCUGGACAGGAGGCAGAUGAAGAGGCGGUGUCUGUCAAACAGAGGAAGAUGAUCCUGACGAAAGCUCCUCUGUGCUUUGAUUCGCCUCGUGAAUUCUUUCAGAGUCUUAUCAGUCCGAUGAGUGUGGAUGAGUUUUUCCAGCACUAUUGGGAGAAGAAACCUUUAGUUUUACACAGAUCAGAUGCUGCAUUGGCGGAGUAUUAUCGCUCUCUGUUUCAGCUGUCUGACCUGCAGCAGCUUUGCUCGCACGGGCUGCAGUUCGGUACAGAUCUCAAUAUCUGCCGCUGUAUCGACGGGAAGAAGAAAGUGUUAAACAAAGAUGGACGAGUGAAGUUCAGUCAGCUGAAAAAAGACUUUGAUCAGAAGAAAGCCACCAUACAGUUUCACCAGCCUCAGAGGUUUAAGGAUGAGUUGUGGCGCGUUCAGGAGCGCUUGGAGUGUUUCUUCGGCUCUCUGGUCGGUUCUAAUGUGUACAUCACACCUGAAGACUCUCAGGGUCUGCCGCCACACUAUGAUGAUGUUGAGGUCUUCAUUCUUCAGCUGGAGGGACAGAAGCACUGGAGGCUUUAUAAACCCACCGUCCAUCUUGCCCGCGAGUACAGCCUGGAACCAGAGGAACAUAUUGGCACCCCCACCCAUGACAUUAUACUGCAGGCUGGUGAUCUGCUCUAUUUCCCGAGAGGAACAAUCCACCAGGCGAACACACCUCCAGGUGUGGAUCAUUCCACACACCUCACACUCAGCACCUACCAAAACACGUCAUGGGGUGACUUCAUGCUAGAUGUUUUCCCUAGUUUCUUAUUUGAUUCUAUGAAAAGUGAUCACAGGCUGCGCUGUGGUCUGCCACAAAACCUCCUUACUUGUCCUAGUUUUGGUCCUGACAUAAAUAAACGGGUAUCUGUGUUUCUGCGACAUUUGGCUGAUCGUCUUGAGCAGGAAGACAAGGAGUUACGCUCCACUGACAUGAAGAGAGAUUUCAUCUCCAACAGACUCCCACCUUACCUGCUGGACCAGGCCGAUCUUGAGCCAGCUGGAAAAUUGCCAGCAUUAGACGACACAGUAUGUAUCAAGUUUAAAGAGCAUCUUCUUCUAACAGUGGAACCCAGUCAAGAUGACACUGAUAAGGCCACAGAGUUGGCUGUGUUUGUGUUACAUUCUUUAAGAAAUGAGCGAGAAACACACAUGAUGGGAAUGUCUGAUGAUGAACCGGGAUCACAGGGUCUGCGGUUCCCGAUGACACAUGUCGCUGCUCUGAAGCAGCUGUUGAGGUCUGAGCGCGUCACUGUUGGAGAUCUACAGCUGAUGCAGGAUGCUGAUAAACUUGGACUGACUCUUGGUCUCUGGACCGAAGGGUUGCUGCGUGUGUGUUAAACAGCUUCCUUGCUGUGGGCAAACUGUCACGUGUGAACGAUUUAAACGACGACAUGUUACUGCACAGUUUAGUCAAACCGUGUGCCUCUACCAUAGAGUUCUUCUUUCAACACAGAUGGGUUUGUUUUGUUCACAGUCUCUUUUAUAAACUGAACGUUUGACCACUGAGGGUGUAAUGGCAUUUUAAAAAUUUAAACUGAAUUUACGAAUAUGACAAAUUGUAGUUGAAUAAAAUCAUAUUUAAUUUUC